UGUUGGCUUGGGUGCUUUCUACAUUCCAACACUUGCGAGUUUCUACAAACCAAAAAUGUUUUCAUUCAUAAUGAAAUCUCUGAAAUCUCUCUUAACUUCUCAUCUCCACCGUUACAUCCAUGAAGAUUUUCAUGCAGUUGUUGCUCAGAUGACCAUCGUCGACACUUUCCUCUUCCUUAUUGUGCACUCCAUUGAUAAGCUGGGAAUAUGGCCAAAGCUACCUGUGUUUUUAGGCCUGUUUUAUCUGGCUAUCCGCCGGCAUCUUCACCAGGAAUACAACUUAUUGAACGUUGGCAAAACUCCCACUGGCGUUCGCUUUAAUCCCGUCGAUUAUCCUUACAGGACAGCCGAUGGAAAAUUCAAUGAUCCCUUCAAUGAAGGUGCAGGCAGCCAAGGAAGCUUUUUCGGCCGAAAUAUGCUUCCUGUUGAUCAGAAAGAUAAGUUGAAGAAGCCAGAUCCUAUGGUGGUAGCUACAAAACUACUAGCUCGGAGAAAAUUUAUAGACACAGGAAAGCAAUUCAACAUGAUUGCAGCUUCUUGGAUUCAGUUUAUGAUCCAUGACUGGAUUGAUCACUUGGAGGAAACCAAUCAGAUUGAACUCACUGCUCCUAGAGAGGUUGUAAGCCAAUGUCCCCUUAAAUCCUUCAAGUUCUACAAGACAAAGCAAGUUCCGACAGGCUUCUACGAGAUUAAGACAGGCACAAUGAACAUCCGCACACCUUGGUGGGAUGGAAGUGCAGUAUAUGGUAGCAAUGCAGAAACCCUAAACAAGGUGAGGACAUAUAAAGAUGGAAAGCUUAAAAUUUCAGAAGAUGAUGGCCUUCUCCUCCAUGACCAAGACGGCAUUGCUUUAUCUGGAGAUGUUCGAAAUAGCUGGAUUGGUGUCUCCACUUUGCAGGCUCUCUUUGUCAAGGAGCACAAUGCAGUAUGCGAUGCACUCAAGAAGGAAUAUCCAGAUAUGGAUGACGAAGAAUUAUAUAGGCAUGCAAGAUUGGUUACAGCUGCUGUAAUUGCUAAGAUUCACACCAUUGAUUGGACUGUGGAGCUUCUUAAAACUGAUACACUGUUGGCAGGAAUGCGUGCCAAUUGGUAUGGAUUGCUAGGAAAGAAAUUUAAGGACACAUUUGGGCAUGUAGGAAAUGCCGUAUUAGGAGGGCUUGUUGGUACGAAGAAACCUGAAAAUCAUGGAGUUCCAUAUUCAUUGACUGAGGAAUUUGUGAGUGUUUAUAGGAUGCACUCACUUCUGCCUGAUCAUCUUGCUCUUAGAGACAUCUCAAGUGAACCAGGCCCCAACAAAUCUCUACCAUUGAAAGAAGAGAUUCCCAUGCAAAACCUAAUAGGCCUCAAAGGUGAAAAAGCUCUACCAAGAAUUGGAUUUACGAGCCAAAUGGUGUCAAUGGGUCACCAAGCUUGUGGAGCCCUAGAGCUCUGGAACUACCCUCUCUGGCUCAGGGAUCUUAUCCCACAAGACAUCACUGGCCAUGAUAGGUUGGACCACGUCGACCUACCAGCUCUUGAAGUUUACAGGGACAGGGAAAGGAAUGUUGCAAGGUACAAUGACUUUCGCAGAUCCUUACUGCUGAUACCCAUAUCAAAAUGGGAAGAUCUGACGGAUGAUAAAGAGGCCAUUGAAGUCUUAAAUGAAGUGUACGGUGAUGAUGUGGAAGAACUUGAUGUUCAAGUAGGUCUCAUGGCAGAGAAGAAGAUCAAAGGAUUCGCCAUUAGUGAGACUGCUUUCAUCAUAUUCCUUGUCAUGGCAACCAGGAGGCUAGAAGCUGACAGAUUCUUCACAAGUAAUUUCAAUGAAGAAACAUAUACAAAGAAAGGAUUUGAAUGGGUGAAUACUACAGAGAGUUUGAAAGAUGUUCUUGAUCGUCACUACCCAGAAAUGACGAAGAAGUGGAUGAAUUCUGCAAGUGCAUUCUCAGUCUGGGACUCACCUCCUGCAGCUCGCAAUCCCAUUCCUCUCUAUCUUCGUGUUCCACAGUGAAAAUUAAGCCGAUGCAUGCUUCUCAAAUUGUAAUUUACGUGCUGUUAUAUGAAUAAAGUUGAUGGAGGAUAUAUAUAUAUAUAUAUAAUUCCAUCACCCACAAUUUCAUUUAUUGUAUAAUAAAUUUAUUUAUUUUAUUCAUAUUAUAACUUUGUAAAUUCUUUUGCUCUUUUGCUAUUAGUGAUAUC